GAUUCCUCGACCUUUAUCUACAACACCACCAGUGACAAAUGUACCUGCACUUGCUCAAGAAAACAUGGCACAGGAAGAGCUGAUGAUCUCUCUAGUCACUGGACUCGCUUCUCUGACAUCUAGGACUUCAGUGGGUGUUGUCAUUAUUGGAGGAGUGAUUUUCAGAGCUGUGGGCUGGAGGCUUAUAGCUAUUGCUCUAAGUCUCUACGGUAUAUUGUACAUGUAUGAGCGUUUAACAUGGACAACAAAAGCAAAGGAGAGAGCUUUCAAGCGCCAAUUUGUGGACUAUGCUACAGAGAAAUUGCAGAUGGUUGUUAGUUUCACAAGUGCAAAUUGUAGCCAUCAAGUAAAUCAGGAAAUGACCAGUACCUUUGCUCGACUAUGCCAGCAGGUAGAUGUUACUGAGAAAAACUUAGAAGAGGCAAUAUCCAGCCUUAACAAAAAGAUUGAGCUCCUAGAGUCUACACAAAACCGAUCAAAGCUGCUGAGAAACAAAGCAACAUGGCUGGAAAAUGAACUGGACAUAUUUACAAAGCAGUACCUGCAGCCAAACCAGUGAAAAUUUGCUAAACUUAAAAUCUAAAUGUGUCAUAUAACCUCACUGAUGGGGAUUGUCACCAGUGUUGCCACAGUGCUGUUUGAAAAAUACAAACUUCCAGUCCCUUUUUAUGUACAAUAAUGUUUUUCCAGGAUCCUUUUUCAAUCGUCCAGAAAUCUAACCAGGUAUAGGAAAAGACACACACUUCAUUUAAAUUCGCCUACUUCAAAAUAAGGCAUUGAUGACUGGGAUUAUCCAUAUCUUAAUAGAUGUAUUUAAUAUGGUGAGAAAAUUUAAAUAUUCAGCAUCAUAAUUUAGCGAAGGAUGUAAAUGCCACUGUUACAAAUACUGAGGAAUGUAAUUGAUAAGCAUUGUUUGAUAUCAAAUUGUGACAAUUAUUUCAGUUGAAAAUUAAUUUCUUAAGAACUUGGGUCAUUAAAGAAAGGCAAUUAGCUAUUUGCAGUGCACCUAGGAAGGGAAUAAAAGAAAUAUUGUUACUCUAUGCGGUAUUGUAUGAUAAAAUGUACAUUUCUUGCUCAUUGUCUAGACACAUGACUCAUGCUUUGGUGAGCUGUAUAGGCAUCUGCCAUUGUGGAUAUACUAUCUAAUCAAAACACACAAACCUUUAGUCACAAAAAUUCUGACCUGUGUGAACCUUAAUUUCUCACUUAUGCAAAUUUACAUGUAAUUAUUUUAUGAUUUUACAAGCUUUUCCUUCUGCUAAAAUUAGUACUUGUCUUGAGAGAGUGUCCUUCCAUUAAACUGGGUUCAUAUAAACAUUUUUGAUACACGUAAAAAGAUGUUGCUGAAAAGAGUGUUGGCAAAGCUUUAUAUUUGUGGUUAUGACAACUGUAAGAAUGCCAAAUUGCAAAUGGACACAGUGAUUAUCCUGCAGGAGAAAAGGUUGCUUAUUGGUUGGCAAGUUGACUCUGACUAGGGGUGGAAUUCCCAUGAAAGAACAAUGGGCUUCCCAAGCUCCUGCAUAAUUCUAAAAUUGCAUAGGCUUAUACAUUUUUUAGUUGCAUUGAGUGAGUUCCUCCACAUGAAUGGGUUUUGUUGCUAUCAAGUGCAAUUGAACUACAUUGCAAGCUAAACUGUUUACUUUCAAUUAGUUAUUACUGUAGUUGAUAAUAUGUUCUGGUUUGUUCAGCAAGUGCUGCCCAAUAGGAUCAGAGUGAAUAGACAGUUUGUUUUGGAAGCACAGGUAGGCAGUGCUCAAACAAUUAUGAACACCAAAGGAACAUGCUAGCAGAGUAUAUCCAAAAUAUCUACUCUUAGGUGUGAUUCUGCUAAACAAUCCAGAAUGCAUUAACUGCUACAGAAUCAAUUUAAGAUAAUCAUUCAAACUGAUAAGGUUGGCUCAUUGACACUGGUAGAAGUGAGAUGCAUUGUUCUGCAGAGACAAUUUUUUGCAAACAAAAACAUUUGAGCCAUGGAUUACCUAUGAGUUAUGUAGAUAGAUGGGAUGUUCUUGCCAGUCAAUCAGUGCACUUCUCUCCUGCACUAUGAAUUGUCAUGACAUUUGAAAAUUUACAUUCUUUGAUCAGUACAAGACAAAAAGCUUCAGCAACGCCUUUCUCUUUCCAGCAAUAAAUAGAUGUCCAGACCUAAACCAAGUACAGUUUGUGUGAAUGAAGCUUCAUAUAAUCAAUCAUGUACCUAGUGACUGGAUAUUAUUGCAUAAGGCAAAGUCAUAAAGGGAGCUAAGCAAUGGGGAUUAAACUAAAUCCUAUUUAAUUGGUAUUGACAUCAUGGAAACUUAAAUGUCCAGAAUAUUAUUGUUUGAGGGAUUCCCAAGAUGCUGCAAAUGUCUUGUCCUAAUUUUGUAAAUAUGUUAAUGUAAUUUGUAUGUGAGAUAAAAGGAAAUUUAACUAUCAAAUACUGGAAAGAACUUUUUGAAUGCAUUUGCCAUCUAUUUUCAUGAAGACCACCUAGAGUCAGAGUAUCAUUCUCAUUAAGAAUUUUUCAUUGAAACUUUAGAUGAUGUUCAGUCAAAGCUGGCCUACAGCCUAAUACUAGAGCCUAAAUUUCACAUAUACAGCGUUGCCACUUCAGAUUACAAAUCAAAUUCCAACAUUACCCAUAGAUUAACAGAAGCAAUAUUUUUGAUGUGACAGUUUAAAUAAUUUAGAAAUGUCCUUUAAAAGUUCAAUUCUUUAGUCUUCGUUAAUAGCAUCACAAUCAGCAUAAAUGUGAAUCAUAAAAUGUUGACUGCUUAUUGCAGAAUUGGCAUGUACUAGGUAUCAGACCAGUUUACUGGACAGACUAAAGAAUAAGGUUAAAGACAAUAACAGCAGUGAGUUAUUGAUUCCAAAUAUUUACAUUUAGUAAAGUAGUCAUUCUAUUAACUUUGUCUUGUAUGGGUUCUUAAUAUUUUUGAGGUUUACCUGCACAUAUUUAAAGCUUAUUCAUAAGACUUCUUUUGCAUCUAAAAAUAAAGCCACUAAAUAUAGCCCAGAUAUUUUGAGUGAUGUCUGAUCAGCAAACAACUGAUUAAACUGAAUUGUGCCAGUAAUUUCCAUGGAGGUUACUCCAACCUUAGCAUGCAGAAAUGGUGUAAAUGGAUUUUUAUACCAUGAAUUUCCAUGCAAUACACUGAAAAUUCUAUCUUUUUUUUGAUUAAGAACUGUAAACCUUAAAAUUUGAUCUUAGCACUGUGAAAUAUUUACACAGUAUAUCCUGCCCUUAAAAUAAUUAACCAAGAUUAUUUUCAUUUAAAGGGUUUCACAUUGAUUUAUGUUAAAUGGGAGAGAGAUGAAUGAUGUUUACUGGACAGACAUUAAUGAACACAUGUUUGUACAUUGUUAGAUUUGAUCUUAAAUUUUCUAACUCUUUGGACUGUUUUCCAAAUUUCUUGUCUCUGUUCCCUGUUACUAGAUUUAUCCAUUGUGAAGGAUUAACCAAAUUUAUGAUCUUUGAGCAUGUAUAUUUAAAGCAACUGUACAAUUUAAAUGUACAAAUAAAUUAUUUGAGUUA